UCAUUUGACAUCUAUCAUAUUUUAACCUCACUCAAUACGUUUUCAAAUUGCAAGUUUCAAUACAAAAUUAUAGUAAAUACAUCAAGAAUAUAGUAGACAACCGGAAGAUAAAUCUGUGAAAUAAAACAAGUAGUUCAUAAAUUCAACGAUUGCCAAAAACAAGUUACAAAAUGGGUGGAGGUCAGUCGGUACGGGCUACGCACUUUCAACACACUCCUGGCGCUGACCCAGCUGAAGAUGACCCUGAUGAACAGCACAUCAGCAUCUCUAACAAAAUGGUGGAAAGAUUAGUUGAGGAUGCAACAUUAGCUGGGGGAGCGGCCGCAGCAGUGGCCAGUACCGCCAUCGCACCACGAGCCGACUAUAAAGACAAAAUAUACAUGGAGAAACUAAAAUGUUUGGAUGAACACCACUCUGAGACAUUAGGCUUGACAGUAGAAGAUUUGAAUGCAACCGCGACGAGGAUCGAACUGCGAACCGCUAACAUGCUGAGUGUGGUGCCAGUAUGCGCUGACUGCAAGGAACAAGUGAUAGAAUGUUACAACAAUGAAUCACCUACUGACACCAUCAAGUGCUGGGAGACUGUUGGUGCGUUUACAAAAUGCGUUCAAGAUGCAGCCACAACUCGUCUACGAGCGCGAACUCAGAAGGAUGCUCGCGAGCAUGCUCGACGGUCGCGGCACGUCGCGCAUGCUAGGGAACAUGCUCUCAGAGAUUUGGGUCCGCCACCUUUAAAGGAAGCUGUGUCAAAUUGACACUAAAUGUCGUAGUCCAACUAGCAGUUUUCGUC